UUUUUGAUAUCCUUCCGCACGCUUUUAUGUUGUCAGUCUCUCUCUCUCUCUGUUUUGGGAGAAAGAAAACAAAUAAUCCAAGAUGGCUACACCGCGUCGGAAGUUACUUGCACUGUUGAUUAUUUCAACUAUUUUACUACAAUUUGUUGUGGAAUUUUGUGAUGCAGGAAGAAGUAGUAGAAUAUCAACUUCCAGAAGAAUGUCUACUAGGAGAUAUUCUAGAACUAGUUUAACAAGAAGUACACUCCGAACAAAAUAUGGUCAGUCAAUUUCUUCUACCCGAAGCAAGAUAUCAAGAAUUGGUUGGAAGCAUGCACUAUUAGCUGGUGGUUUGUUGUACAUAGGUUCUCAAAUGUACAUGAGUCGUCGUAUGUACUAUUCACAUCCUUCCCGAACACCCACCAUUUGUUCCAACUAUGUUGAUGCUGAUGAAAAUGGUACAGUCUAUAAGAUGUUUAUAUGCCCUAGACAUUACGAAAGUGAUAAUCAAGUUCACUGUUGUGGACCAGAAGGACAACAGAGAUGUUGUGCUGCAACUAAAACUACUGGUGGUGUAGUUGGUAUUGUUAUUGGUGUCAUCAUUACUGUGGCAAUCAUUGCUGGUGUCAUCUACUGUGUAUGUCGAAACAAGAAGCAAAGAGGACAUGUCAUUGACAAAGAUGGUGAAGGACAAGAAGUUAUAAUGGGACCACCCCCAGUCGUAAUACCACCACCUGGACCAAUGGGUUAUGGUCCACAUCCAGGAAUGAUGCCUCCCCCUGUAAUGGAUCCCAACCAAGCACAAUAUCCAAUGAAUUAUGGCUCUACAUAUGGACAGCCUUCAUGUCCACCACCACCACCAGAAUAUGACCCUUUGUUACAAGGUUACCCAUAUCCAGCACCACCUCCAGGACAACCUGUACCAGGAUCAAUUCCUCCACCCUAUGCACAGCCUAUUCCCAGUGCACCAAAUAUGAUGCCACCAGGUGUACAACCUGGUAUGCCACCACAACAACCACCACCACCACCAGGCUUCUACACACAAGGACCUCCUCCUCCACAUCCACCACCUCCCUAUACCAUGCCUUGAACUGUUUUAUUUCUUUUGUCUGUCUUCAUAAAAUGAUGAUGCUUUUUACUACUAUAAUUACUACUACUACUCCAAUUAAGGCUGAUUAUUAUUAUUAUUAUAAUACUCAUAAGUAUCACCACUCUUAUAAAUUUGUUAGAUAAGAAAAGCUGACAUAACAUGCAUGUUCAACUUCUUUACAUCCAAAAACUCAUUUCACAUAAUGAAGAUCCUUGCCUAGAAUCAAAUAUAGAAUCUGAUCAUGAACUCAUAUUUGGCAACAUUCACUGAAAAAACAAAAAAAGCUAUAUAUUCCCUCAAAAUCUCCAUAAAAUAUCAACAGAUUUCUCUAUAUAUCACUCUGGCCCUAGUGGAAGAUGUGUGACCUCAUAGCAUCCCUUUAGUGUCUUCCCAUUAAAUUUUGUAGAGAACAUUUUAUUUGGAUGAUAAUGAUGAUAGAAAUGCUAGGAGGAGCUAGGAGAUGUAUGCUCCUUAUGAACUUGAUCACAGGAACUGGUUCCAGUUCUGAAAGAAUGCCACCAGAGGGUUCUUGUUCUACUUUUUCUCCUUGGGAAAGGCACACAUGUCAAAACAUCCACUUAUUUUUUCUUUCCUACAAAUGUAUGGUCUUGUGCCACAUCACUAAAAAAAUUAUGUUAGGAGACACAUCAGUCAAAAACAUUGCUAUCAGUUAACAAAAGCGAAUAAGGAGUAAAAUUAAUUAUUCAUAAGUCACUUCUCUGUAUUUUCUUAUUUCAAUACCUGGUUGAUAUAUAAACACACAUACAUACACAAAUAUAUACAUAUAUAUGUAAACUACUUUUUCUUCUGGUUAUGUUUUCACACACAUAUGUGUGUGUGUGUGUGUGUGUAUUUCUUAUUUUAAUUUUGAGCAAAUGUUACUUGCCUUUCAAGAUUAUACUAAUUUGAUUUUUUGUCUUCUUUGGUUACCAAAAUGUUUUGAAAAAUGAAGAAAUGUAAAAUGUUUGCCACAUAGCUAUUUGAAUUAGUGCUGUUGCUAAAGACUUUUCUCAGAAGGCUUCUGUUUAUAUUUUUUUAUGAUUUCAAUGUGAUAUUCAUUGCAUGCUUCAGUCUAAAUACAACAUUUCACAUAUUAAUGAUUUGAUCACGAAAGCUUCCUAAGUUGGUUUUUUUGACAAGUACACAUAAUUGUCUGAAUAAUUUUUUUUUCUCACAAGUUCAAAUUCUUAAUUGGCUAAGAUUUUUCUUCAGUGGAAAAUUGAAGAAAAUUGGACUAACUACAAAACAAAAAAAUGUGGUUACACAUACACACACACACACACACAUGUACACAGUGUUGUAUCCAGUGAAAUAAAGACUGUUGCUGCUGUGGGGAUUUCUAUGGUAAACUAAAAAUGUCCUAAUAAAAGAGAUGAAAGACAAAGUUAUCAUAUGGCAGGGCAUCCACUCACCAUAUCAUUUUGAUAAUUACAUAUAAGAUUAUAAUAGCUAAUUAUUUUUAAUGAAAGCUUGUCCAGGUUUGAGAUGUGAAGGUAUUGGUAAAUUUAGUUUAUUUUCCAGCUGGUUUUCAGGCUUCUGAGACCUCAUCUCUUUCAUCAGUCUUUUGGAUAGUGUGAAGGGCAUUAAGUAAACAUUGCAGUUCCAUGCAAAUCAUAGCCCUUCUAAUUUGUUUUGUUUUAGUUUAGUGCCUAUAACAUUUGUGGGUCACACUCCCAGACUAGUGAUAUUGGUCUGAUUUAUGUUCAAAUGUCAACAUCUACUGAAAAAAAUAUGAACAGAAGGAAUGUUUCAAAGAGAUGCAUUUCAGAAGACGAGAGUAAUGUGUUGUUUAUCAUGGGAUAUAAGAAAAUUGAUGCAUUAAGAGACAACAGAAGGGCUUCAGUAGAUAUAGUUUAUAUGCUUAGGUUGUGCAGCUGAUAUGGCUGUUGUUGAGAGGCUGAUAGAAGUGACAGGUCAGAUGUCUUUGUGAAUCUGUUGAAUUGCCUUCUAAUGCUUUCUUAUAUGUUUGUAUAUGUACAACAGCAUCCUUGUACUAGAUGGACGUUGGAUUUAAAUAACAAUAUUGUCUAUAAAUUAUUGAUAUUUAGAGUGUGGUUGGGCAAACAACUUUGAUUUUGCUUUACUAUCAGAAGAGACUUUACAUGAUGUUAUGAUUGCAUUUAGCAGAUUUGGUGAGAGGAAAUAUAUCCUUGCUACUGAUUUUCCUUUCUCAGGUUAUAAAAUCUCUACUAACCUUGGUAUUGAAGCUCUCCUAACCCAAAGAGCUACUUUAUCCUUUUUAGAUAUAUAUUAUUGUAUUGUGAGAAAGUUAGCAAAGGAAUUCUCUCUUUUUUAUCCUAAGUAAAUCCACUUAACAGCUGUUGGUGUUUGACUGCUAGCAACGCAUUAGAACAUUUUUCUCUUCCAUAGUCUACCCUGGUUUAAAAAGCAUGCACACACACACACACACACACACACACA